UUUUUAUCCUGUGCUAUAUUACAUCUAACAGCUAACAGUUGUUUUAAUUUGUACAUAUAAACAAGUUAAUACCGAAUUAUGAAUAUUGAAGAACAGUAAAAAAAGAAUUAAAAAUUCAAUUACGAUGCAUGUUCCUCUGGUGGUGAAAUAAAAGAAGACUUAUAUUUCAAAGGACCAUAUAUGAUUUGUGUCAACUAAUAUCUGCUCUGGAAAAUAAUAAAAAUGGCAGAUAAAUCGAUUCACGAAAUGGCUUAUCGUGGUCAAGUUGCAAAUGUUAAACGUCUUUUAAGUGAAAAUGAAAAAUUAAAGACGGAGAAAGACAGUAGUGGAAGACUUUUAAUACAUUGGGCUGCACUUGGAGGUCACGACGAGUUAGUUAGAUAUUUAUUAUCUCUUGAUGUACCUGUUGAUCCUACUGAUGAUACCGACAUGACACCUUUAAUCCUGGCCGCAUCAGCAGGUCGCGAAAAAGUAGUUACCACUCUAUUAACAGAGGGUGCAAAUGUUAAUGCCACAACACAAACUGGUCAUUCAGCCCUCCAAUACGCAGCAUCAAAGAAUUGGAAGUCUAUCUGUGCAGCAUUGUUAGAAAAAGAUGCAGAUAUUAACAUUACAGAUAAUCGUGGUGCAACGCCAUUGCAUAGGGCCGCGUCAAAGGGCAAUAUUGCUAUCGUGAAACUCCUUCUGGAAUAUGGUAAAAAUUUAAAAAUAAAUAGCAAAGAUGCUGACGGUAAUACACCGUUGCAUUUGGCAUGCGAAGAACACCGCGUGGACGAGGCGAAAUUGUUAGUUCAAAAUGGCGCUAACAUGUACGUGGAAAAUAAAGAGAAAAAGACUCCGUUGGAUAUUGCAUCGCCUGGUCUGCAACGUCAGCUGAAAGAAAUCAAGGAGAACAAACCUUGAACAAAUUUAAAUACAGUUUACAUUUGAUCAGCGGUAUUCGAUAUUCGCUGCAUUUCCAACGUUAAUGAAGAUGAGCGUCUUGAUUUUUUACGUUGUACAACACAUUUAGAUUCAGUGAAUCGAAUAGAUCUUUAUUUUAUCAAUGUAUUU